ACUCAGCCCUGCUCUGCAGCGCGCAGUGGGGGACUGGGCACCGGGCAGCAGCCGGAGGAGGGAGGCGCGUCGCUCCGGAGCGCACGGAGGGAACCCGGGGAACGCAGCGCAGCGCAUCCACCGCAGCUCGUCCGGGCACCUGGGCUUCCAGCCCCCGGGAUCGGCGGAGUCUAGGGGGCGUCGCGGCCACUUGUGUCUUCCCCGGGGGCCGAGCCCCUUCCCGGAUCUACAGCGCACGGGGGCCCCCUUGGCGAGAUGGAGCCGGGGCUGUGAGCUGGGGCGGCUCGGGAGGUCUGCGCGCCUCCAGCCCCGGCCAGGGCUCUGCGCCUAUUGUUCCCAGCAGCCGGCGCCGCUGGGGGAUUGUGUCCCCGCGGCAGCUCCGGGGGCACCGAGCGGGACCGGCCCCGCCUGGAGCGGCCGCUCCCCCACUGGACCCCGCGGACUGUGCCCAGCCGGACCGCUGGAAGGCACUGGAAGUUUGGAAGAGAAGAUUAAGCGAGCCCCAGCUAGCAAGCAGGCAGUCUCGACUGGAGUCCCCAUGGAGUUCCGGAGCCCGGUUGCCAAACAGUAGCAGCAGAACUGGGAUGUUUACCUGGAGGUGCCUCCUCUUUUGGGCUGUGCUGGUCACAGCCACGCUGUGCAGUGCAAGGCCGGCACCAACCCUGCCAGACCAAGUUCUGCCCAAAGCGAAAAUUGAAGUGGAGUCGCAUUCGGCUCACCCUGGCGACCUCCUCCUAUUGCGCUGCCGGCUACGGGACGAUGUCCAGAGCAUCAACUGGGUGCGAGAUGGGGUCCAGCUGGCAGAGAACAACCGGACGCGCAUCACUGGGGAGGAGGUAGAGGUCAGGGACGCUGUGCCUGAGGACUCAGGGCUCUAUGCCUGCAUGACCAACAGCCCCUCAGGGAGCGAGACCACCUACUUCUCCGUUAAUGUCUCAGACGCUCUUCCAUCCGCUGAGGAUGACGACGACGACGACGACUCCUCCUCAGAGGAGAAGGAGGCAGAUAACACCAAACCGAACCUGGCUGUGGCUCCCUACUGGACAUACCCCGAGAAGAUGGAGAAGAAGCUCCAUGCUGUCCCAGCUGCCAAAACGGUGAAGUUCAAAUGCCCGUCGAGCGGGACGCCCAGCCCCACGCUGCGCUGGCUGAAGAACGGCAAGGAGUUCAAGCCUGACCACCGCAUCGGUGGAUACAAGGUCCGCUACGCAACCUGGAGCAUCAUUAUGGACUCGGUGGUGCCGUCCGAUAAAGGCAACUACACCUGCAUCGUGGAGAACAAAUAUGGGAGCAUCAACCACACCUACCAGCUCGACGUAGUGGAGAGAUCACCUCACAGGCCCAUCCUCCAAGCUGGGCUGCCUGCUAACAAGACCGUGGCCCUGGGCAGCAAUGUGGAGUUUGUGUGCAAAGUUUACAGCGACCCCCAGCCGCACAUCCAGUGGCUGAAGCACAUUGAGGUCAAUGGCAGCAAAAUCGGACCCGAUAACUUACCCUACGUUCAGAUCCUGAAGCACUCAGGAAUUAAUAGCUCUGAUGCGGAGGUGCUGACCCUGUAUAAUGUGACAGAGGCCGAGAGCGGGGAGUAUAUUUGUAAGGUUUCCAAUUAUAUUGGCGAGGCUAACCAGUCUGCGUGGCUCACUGUCACCAGACCCAUGGCAAAAGCUAUUGAAGACAGGCCGGCCAUGAUGACCUCGCCGCUGUACCUGGAGAUCAUUAUUUACUGCACGGGGGCCUUUCUCAUCUCCUGCAUGGUCGUGACCGUCAUCAUCUACAAGAUGAAGAGCACCACCAAGAAGACGGACUUCAACAGCCAGCUGGCCGUGCACAAGCUGGCCAAGAGCAUCCCACUGCGCAGACAGGUAACAGUGUCAGCAGACUCCAGCUCCUCCAUGAACUCAGGGGUGAUGCUUGUCAGGCCCUCGCGGCUCUCCUCUAGUGGCACCCCCAUGCUGGCAGGUGUCUCGGAAUACGAGCUUCCCGAAGACCCUCGGUGGGAGCUCCCCCGGGACAGGCUCAUCCUGGGUAAGCCUCUGGGUGAAGGCUGCUUUGGGCAAGUGGUUCUCGCUGAAGCCAUCGGCCUGGACAAGGACAAGCCAAACCGCGUGACUAAAGUGGCAGUCAAGAUGCUGAAGUCUGAUGCUACGGAGAAGGACUUAUCUGACCUGAUAUCUGAGAUGGAGAUGAUGAAAAUGAUUGGCAAGCACAAGAACAUCAUCAACCUCCUGGGAGCCUGCACUCAGGAUGGUCCACUCUAUGUGAUUGUGGAGUAUGCGUCCAAAGGCAACCUGCGGGAGUACCUGCAGGCCCGGCGGCCCCCCGGCAUGGAGUACUGCUACAACCCGACCCAUCUCCCCGAGGAGCAGCUCUCCUUUAAGGACCUGGUGUCCUGCGCGUACCAAGUGGCCAGGGGGAUGGAAUACCUGGCAUCCAAAAAGUGCAUCCACAGAGACCUGGCUGCCAGGAACGUCCUGGUGACGGAAGACAACGUGAUGAAGAUCGCAGACUUCGGCCUGGCCCGGGACAUCCACCACAUCGAUUACUACAAGAAGACGACGAAUGGUCGCUUACCAGUGAAGUGGAUGGCACCGGAGGCCUUGUUCGACCGAAUAUACACCCAUCAGAGCGACGUGUGGUCCUUUGGCGUGCUGCUGUGGGAGAUCUUCACGCUGGGCGGCUCGCCAUACCCCGGGGUGCCUGUUGAGGAGCUCUUCAAGUUGUUGAAAGAAGGCCACAGAAUGGACAAGCCCAGCAACUGCACCAAUGAGCUAUACAUGAUGAUGCGAGAUUGCUGGCACGCAGUCCCAUCCCAGAGACCCACUUUUAAGCAGCUGGUAGAAGACUUGGAUAGGAUUGUGGCCAUGACCUCCAACCAGGAAUACCUGGAUCUUUCCAUGCCGCUGGAUCAGUAUUCUCCCAGUUUCCCAGACACCCGCAGCUCCACCUGUUCCUCGGGGGAGGACUCAGUUUUUUCCCACGAUCCUCUUCCAGACGAACCUUGUCUUCCCAAGUACCCGCAUCAGCACGCCAACGGUGGACUUAAACGACGCUGAGGCUGGGACUUCCAUGCAACAGACUGACAACUCUGUGUGUGUGCGUGUGUGUUUGCAUGCGUCUCUGCUAUCCAGGCUGCUGCCAGGAAGCUGUCUGUGCAGCUGUCCAUCACUUUUAGCUAUUGCGUAAAGGAUUUCAAAGACACAUCUCCCAUAACCAAAUUCACCGAUGUCUCAUGCCAGCUUCACCAGCCACCUUAGCUGUGAACUGUCUGCAUCUGAAAGGUUUGUUUUUUAUUUCCUUUCCAUGAAACCUGUGCUUGAAUAGUUGCAGUGGACUAAAACUGAACUCCACUCUUUGGCCAGUGCCCAGACAGAGAACCAGCUGCAGGCUCCCUCUCCUGGAACCAGCCAAUAAUGUGCGUUCCUUUCUUUGCAAGGGAUUGACAGACUGAGAGUCCCAAGGAGGAGGACAUGGAAACCUGGGCUAUCCUUGUGUUCUUUUAUACUUGCAAACCCACGCGAUCCAAACUUCGACAGCUCAAUAAGCUAAUGCCAGCACUGAGUGCAGCUCCACCAGCGGUGAAGAAGUGCAGGCUGGGAAAUCUUAAUGCGUCGGAAGCAUCUCUGUCUUAGAUGGUGCGGGAACCCUAGCUGGGUGGUUAUUGCAAUGUGAGAUGGUUUGAAGACUGGCCAAUGGCUUAUUAAUUCCAAUACUAAUUUGCUUUGCUGACCAAACACAUGGUACGCUGGAAAUGGCCAGACGCAGCAUAUACCCCGGCUCAGCACUGAUAGUGGAGGAAGCAGCCAAAUGUACCAGUGCUAAAAACAAACAAAAAGAAAUCUUGUGUACAUAGCUACAAAUAUGUAUAAAUAUGAAUAUAUAUUUACAUGUCUUUUUAAAAAGGGUUGUUACCAGAGAUAUACCAGUUUGGUAGUAAGUUACUAGUGGCUGGUAGAGAUCAGUUGCUAUAAAAAAAAAAAGUUCAUAUAUUUUGCUACUUUUGCUGUUUUUAUUUUUUUAAAUUAUGUUCUAAACCCUAUUUCAGUUUAGGUCCCUCAAUAAAAAUCGCUGCUGCUUCAGUUUUAUAUGGGGUUGUAUUAAACAGUACUAAUGACAAUGUUUGCUGCCUUUCGGGAAUAUGUUGUCAUUGUAUAAAUGGCCUUUUCUCCCUUCUCACACCUCGACCCCCAUGUAAAUCCCUCUGUUGGCAUCUGGUGCUGGGUUCUGGAUCUGAGGGGCCCUUCUGGACUCGGGCACAGCUUGUGAAGCACUCGGAUCACCAUAUUGGUGCGUGAGUGUGUGAUAGUGACGUGCUGGAGAGCCACUGUGAUCUGUAUUUUAAACAGAGGCCUUAGGAUACUGCCAGUGACAGAGCUGGGACUCUGCCCGUGUGGGGAGGGGCAAAGCGCCUUUCCCAGCAAUAGCCAUAGGCGUUUGUAGGAAGCGUGAAUAACCCUUUGUCAUAUCUGAGUUGGUUCCCUGCUGUGUGCCUUGCAUGGGGCAUCUGGAGAGAGCAGGGAAUACUGAAUCAGCAUCCAUGGUGUUUAGCCACAUCCGAUCCUGCUUUGCAAUGUACAUUCCAGCCGCGCUCCAAGCCUGCUUCAGUCUUCCCAUCCCUGUCUCUGAAUCAGCUCCUCAUUGCUCCCGCCAUGCACUCUGGUCUAGAGUGUGGAGUGCAGGGGCUGGUGAGCCCCUGUCUCUCCUCCACCUGGCGAGGUGCUCUGCUUCCUCGAACGAACUCCUUGAGUGCCUUAAACGCACCUGGUACAUCUGCACGGUGCGGAUGAGGAGGUCUGCAGGGAGGAGCUCUGUAGAUUCUUUCUUCCCAGUGGAAGGCCAAGGGAAGCUCCCUUCCAAAGCGGAAUAAGAGGUGUCCUUGUCCUUGUUCCGGGGGAAGUUCCUUGCAGUGGCUCAGCAAGGACUGUUUGGCCAGUGGUUUUGUGUGUCUUUGAACGCUCUUUUUCCAGUGACACUUUCAGUUCUUAGAAACCUCAACCCUGCCUUGUAUUGGAAGCCCCGGCUGUGGUUAGCAUGGAGAUAAACUUGGGCUGCUUAGCUUGGGCUGUGGAAGGGAACAUUUUUGUUGGGUUUUUUUUUUUUUACACGAGGCCACAUCCUUAACUGGCUUUUCCUUGUGCUAGACCUGCACUUCACUGAACUCCACGUUAUCUGCGUUCAGCAAACUCUCCCUCUUAGCUGCGGCCAUUGAAGGCCGAAUCCAGAUUCCCCACCCUCUCGCCCCCUGGAGCAGUUCCUCCGGGGGAAAGGUGCCUUUGUGCUGUGGCAGACGCCCAGGAGCAGGAGCCCUUCCCUUCCACCCACAGGCAUUUCAAACUCCAGAGCCAGGAUGCUGUUACUUGAAAAGUUUAUUUUGCCUUUGUACGGAGAAAUAUUAUUGUUCUAAGCUCUUCUGUAAUGAAUCUGGAAUUCUUGUAAUUAUUAAAGACUUUAACCAAGA